AUGUUAAUGCAAGUGUCUCAGGACGCGGCCGACGCGCUCGCGCUGGUGCCCUCGGCGGCGACGGCCACCACCGGCGUUCAGCAGAAGGACACCACCUGGACGAAGCUGUUCGUCGGCGGCCUGCCGUAUCACACCACGGACAAAAGCCUGCGGGAGCACUUUUCCGUGUACGGCGACAUCGAGGAAGCGGUCGUGAUAACGGACCGAACGACGAACAAAAGCCGGGGUUAUGGAUUCGUCAUCAUGGGAGACAGAAUGAGUGCCGAGCGGGCGUGCAAAGAACCAAAUCCUAUCAUUGACGGCAGGAAAGCGAACGUGAAUUUGGCCAUUCUGGGCGCGAAACCACGAGGCAACAUCACACCCGGAUUCCCCUUCACAGCGGCAGGCCUACGGACAGGAUAUCCCGUGCUACCGAGCCAGUUCGGAGUUCCACCGUCGUACAUCUACGGAGCGCCAUAUUUCGGAAGCACUGCAGCCGCAGGAACAACGGGAGCGGCAGCCGCCUCGGGAUUGGUGCCGAUUCCAGCCACUCAAUUGUCACACGCCGCUGCAAUCGCGGCCGCUACUAGCCAAUUCUACGAAUAUCAGAAUGCUGUUGCUGCAGCCGCUGCUGCACCCUACCCUGGCCAGUACAGUGGGUUCGAAGCGUAUCCGUACGCCGCCGCUGCCGGCGCUACAGCUGGAGCUGCUGCUGCGGCCGCUCAGUACAUGGCUGCACCGUAUACGUAUGCCACUCUGCCCCAGGCAGGAGCCGCAGCCGCCGGAGCAUUCCCCGGACUGUCGCCAUAUCAGAAUGCGGCCAAUGCUGCGGCAGCUUCCGCCCUGCAGGAGGCUCGACUUCAAUAA